AUGCAUUACAACUUGUACCAUGUUUUUUUAUUUUACUAAAUCACCGGUGAAACUGUGAAAACAACCUACCCUUAAAGAUAGGAUUCCAUCCUUAUUCUCUACUACAAAUCAUACAUGCUACAUACAUACAUACCCUUCUUGAGAUAUGCACAGUUGCUGAAAUUGCAGAAAGAAUGUCCACUUUUGAACCAGAAAAGUCAAACAAGUUGGUCAAAGUUCCAGCCACACUUGCCUCCAUUGAAUCAUUGACAUUUCCUUUGGUUCAGGAAGUUGUUAUAUUGGCGGAUUAUAGAUGCAAAAUGUGUAAAGAUAAAGUUGCGGAUAUGGUUUCCAAAAUGAAAGGAGAUAUGGAGUCGAUGGAGAUGAUGAUAACGGAGAAAAAAGUAAUCCUUACGUUUGCAGGCAGAUACUCAAAAUCAAUGAAGACACAUGAAAAAAAACUUGAAGUAUUUGCCAUCUACAAGAACAUUGUAAAUAAAGUUUGCAGUGUCUUACGUUAUUAAAAUGCUUCAUAAUUACAGCUUUUAUUUUAUAGAAUGAUGUAAAUUCACAAAACCACACUCAUCACUCAACAGAAAUG